AUGUCAGGAAACAAUUCGACUACAGUGGGUACACUCAGAGGUGGUAAUUUACAAAAUCGUAAUUCCCAAAGAUCUACACUUUUGAAAGUGGUAAUCCUAGGUGAUGGCGGCGUUGGCAAAUCUUGUCUAAUGAAUAGAUUUGUAUCGAAUCACUUUGACGAACAUAGUUUUCAUACAAUUGGAGUAGAAUUUUUAAACAAAGAUAUUGAAAUUAAUGGAGAGGCGUACACAUUGCAAAUAUGGGACACAGCUGGACAAGAAAGAUUUAAGACUCUUAGAACUCCGUUUUAUAGAGGCUCUGAUAUUUGCCUUUUAACUUAUGCUGUAGACGAUAGAACAAGUUUUAAAAAUUUAGCACUUUGGAGAUCUGAAUUUCUUUAUUAUGCUGACGUUCAAGAAGGAUCAACAUUUCCAUUUAUAGUUGUUGGGAAUAAAAUGGACGUUCCAGAUUCUGAGAAGCAAGUUUCUACAGAAGAAGCUCAAGCUUGGUGUGCAGAAAAUGGAGAUCCUCCACUAGUGGAAACAUCUGCAAAGGAUGCAACCAAUGUUGAAGCAGCAUUUGGUGCAGCUGUUGCUGCUUGGGCACAACUUGAAGCUAGACUAGAAAGACCAUUAGUAGAAGAUACUGUCGAUCUUUCGAAACAACAAUCUCCUCAUCGUUCAAGUUGUUGUAUGCCUGUGUCUGGUGCUGAGUCUAACAAAAUUAUUUGAAGAGAUUUCUUGCCUGUCUGCAAUACUUUCCUCGUAAUAAGGUGAAUUUUAAUGCUAAAAGUAGUUUUUGUUUAUUUUAUUUUUGACAAUACUGAGUGUUUCUUCUGUUGCCAAUGUGAACAUAUUUAUAUAUUUUUAUAAAUUCGUUUUUUUAUUUGUUUUCACAAAUAUUUUUCAGUUACGUUAAAAUAUGCAAAAUGAAAUUUCGCUUUCGCGGAAAAAAAUAAUACUUUGUGGUUGAUAUUUCCAGAAUACAACUGUAAACUAUAAGGUCAAAUUGAACGUCCUACUCGUAUCACGCUUUGUGCAGUUCGCGAGCUACAGACAGUAUUUUAAGUAUUUCGUACACCAUUGGCUUGUGAUAAAAUAAUAUUAGUAAUAACCAUGAUUAUCAACUGCUUUAUAAAUAAGGAAUAGGUAUAAAAUGUAAUUUAGCUUUGUAAUCUAAAUUUGCCUUAUCUUCGCAGCACAAACUAAGGGCAGUGGUAGUAAUAUAUAUUUAUCACAAAUCUUCUGAAUCAUCUUUAUAUAUACAUAUAUACAUAUGUAUACAUAUAUAUGAUUUUGAAAUAUCUACACUAUAAAAAAAAAUAAAAAAAUAAAAAAAAAAAUACUCUGCUGCUCUUGGAAUGCCCUGCUGUCGGUGUUUAAAGAUUUUCCUACAAAGUAAAUAAUAUUAUAAACACAUCAAAUAAAGCUUUUUGUACAACCUUGUACGUACAAAACGUAUGAACGCA